AUGUCUUCAGCAAACCUUGACCAAUUUAAUAUAACAACACCCAUAACCACCGCACCAUCGACCUCUUCAACCUUUCCUAGUUUUACAACACCUACAAGUACAACUUCAUCCAGUAGUAGUAGCGUUAAUGUUGGAUUACCUAGUAGUACCACAGACGCACAAAAUAAUUCUGGUGGUAGCACAACAAGUACUGCGACAAUAAUCAUAACUGCAGUGUCAAUAGGAUUAGUAACUUUGGCAAUAAGUGCACUGAUAACAUUUUGUGUACGUAAACGAUUAAGAUUAUUGAGAUCGUCUAAACGAAAUACAGAUUUUUUUGAUGAUUUCAAUCCAAGUAGCAAUUCUAUUUUUGAUAUUAACAGGAAACAUGAUGGUUACAGUGAUGGUAAAGGAAAAAGAUUUUCGUCGAUUUUUGAAAAAAAUACAACAUCAAGAAUAAAUAAUACAGACAGAGAUGUUUCUAAUAAUACUUUGGCAACUACUCCGAGAAAAAUAUUAAGAAGUAAUGGUCGUCAUAAUGUAAAGACAGGAAUUGGGUUAGGUGUUGGUAUAGUCGCUUCAGCAUUAAUAUUUAGAAAAAAAUCAUGGCCAAUUACAUUAUCAACAGGAUUUGGAGCAGGAGUAGCUUAUGCUGAAUGUCAAAGAAUCUUUAAUCCAAUUGCUUUACCUGAACAAAUUAUUCGUGAUAGACUUGCAGUCGAAGAGCGUAGUCUUCGUCGAGUAGUUAAAAAACAUGCAUUGUUGAUGAAUUCAUUAGAACAAGGAAAUUUAAAAGAAGUUCAACAAUUAUAUAAUGAUUUUAUUGUAGACUUUACUUCAUAUGAAUUAACAUUAACCCGUUUUCAAGCAAUUCAUAAUGUAAAUAUCCAAGAAACUCAACAUUGGUUAAUGGAAGCUCGUAGGAUUGAGCAAGAAAUCGAGGCCACAAAAAAAGUUAUCGAGAAUUUAGAAAAAGAAUUGAAAGAAGAAGAAGAAAUACGUAGAAAUAAAAUACAGUAUGAUGCUUUGGCAAUGGAAAUCAAUCAACAUAAAUCAAGAGAAGAAUCAACAAAUGGUAUUUUAGAAAAACGUAGUAAUCAAUUAGAAAAGGUUUUAUUGGUUGUUAAUGAAAUUCAAACAGAAAUACAAAAUGACAAAGAACAGUAUGAACAAAUACUUGAAGAUAAUGAUGAACAUGUCAAUACACCAUCUUCUGUUAGAAGUGAAUUUAUUUCGCCAGUUGAAAAUAAUUCACCAAAUUUAUCACCUCAACAAUUGUUGAAUGAUAUAAAUGACAUAUCAUCAUCAAACUUAAUACAAAACGAUGUUAAUAUCAUACUAAGCUCCCACACAUUAGGUGAUAAAAAUAAUGAAAAAAUGGAUGAAGAUGAUGUAGCUGCUACCGAUGAAAUUGGAAUGGAUGAAGAUGAUGUAGCUGCUGCUGAUGAAAUUGAAAGCAGUGAGGAUGACAGUAAUGAAAUAGUAGAAGAUGUAAUAGAUUCUAAUUUUACUGUAAAAAGGAAAAAGGAAACUUUUUCAGGUGAUGAAGAGGAAGAGGAUGAGAGAAUGAAGAAAAUGAGGGAGGAGGAGGUUCAAUAG